UCCUCUGCCAUCCCACUUUCUCAACUGUCGUUCAUAUUUCUCUCUCUCACCCCACUUUCCCCCUUUAUCUUCAGCUUGCUUCCAACUGAGUUCAUUUCCUUAGCUGGAAGGAGAGGAGAAGAAGGGGCAAAAUCUGGCCUUCCCAGGAGGCUCAGUCCAAAGCAAACUGAGGCCCCGUCUCCUCACUUGUGUCUUCUUCAUCCAUCGCUUUUGCCAUUUUGGCCCGACUCUGAGAUUGCUUGGCCACGUGCCCUGUGUUUUUUAUCUGUGACAUGUUGGAAGGGAUGCUGUCUCAGCUUUUUUCCCCAAGGCAAAGGCAGGAGUGCUUGAUGGAGUCAGGGAGGGAUUAUGGUAACACAACUGGAUCGACAAGGAGUGAGGGCCAGGAGGGCCAGAUGGAAGGAAGGGAAUGGGAAUGUUCAUCCCCAGCAGUCUAUUUGGGGGAAACAGCAUGCUCUUCUUGCAGUCAUGUGGGCCUCUCCUUCCUCCCACACACCGGGGCUGUGGGCUUUUCCUGCUCUGCUCAUCAUUUUGUGCAUGGAAGGAGGCCUCCUACUUCAUUCAUUUGAACCUGCGGCCAAUUCUCCCAGUAUUUCCCUUGAGACUACAGCAGAGAAUAGGACCUGCAGGACCUUUGCAUCUCAACAGCAUUGUCAUUUGCAUCCUUGCGGGUUCUGAAUCUGCUCUGCGCUUUGGUCUGAACUUGGAAGAGGGGAUCCAAGAUGCUCAAGGAUAGCUCUGAUAAAGUUGACAUUAGUUCAGCUCAGUUUGGUUCUUUUCUCCAUCUCAAGGAAGAUGGCGCAGUCAGUUGGCAAGGCCUAGAAGACUGGCUGCCCAAUGCUCUCUUCUUUAUCCAUUGGUCUCAAUAAUGAUAGUCUUAUUUGGCUUAUAGAGGCGGUCAUGGAGGUUGCGGAUAACUAUUCCGAUGAUUACUUCGACUACUAUGACUGGAAUCACAGUUUUACCACUGAGGAAGCCCAUCGAGAGGAAUCAGCCAGGGACUUCAAGUCCACUGUUCAAAUCCUUGCCGUUCUCAUCUACAGUAUCACUUGCCUCCUGGGCUUAGUGGGCAAUGGAUUGGUUAUUGCGAUGAUCAUGUUCAAGAUGAAGAAGUCGGUCAGCAUCAUUUGGUUCCUCAACUUGGCCGCCGCAGACUUUCUGUUCAACGUCUUCCUGCCCUUAAACAUUGCCUACACAGCCAUGAACUACCACUGGGUCUUUGGAAGAGGCAUGUGUAAAGUCAACUCCUUGCUUCUCAAUCUCAAUCUGUACACCAGCGUCUUCCUUCUGACCACCAUCAGCUUUGAUCGCUGCAUGUUGGUGGUUUGUCCAGUCUGGUCUCAAAACCACCGGAACGCUAAGAGCGCAUGGUUGCUGUGCGCGCUCAUCUGGACUCUUGGUUUCUUCAUGAGUUCACCUUCCCUGGUUUUUCGAGACACUGCGACGGUUCAGGGCAGCGUCAUUUGUUUUAACAACUUCUCCUUAUCCAGGUCUCCAUUUGACCACUCGCUGGGUGAACUGAGACAUACAACGGUGACAAUAGCUCGGUUCCUUGUGGGUUUCAUCGUACCACUGACUGUGAUCACCGUGUGUUACAUCAUUAUUAUCGUCCGGCUGAAAAGGAACCGCCUUGCCAAGUCCAAAAAGCCCAUGAGGAUCAUUAUUGCCAUCAUUGUGACCUUUUUCUUAUGUUGGUGUCCCUACCACGUGUUCUACCUCCUGGAAACGCAACACCAUGCCGUUCCAAGGUCUGUCCUGGAGUUUGGGGUCCCUAUUGUCACUGCGAUUGCUGUUUCCAACAGUUGCAUGAACCCAGUCCUUUAUGUCUUUUUGGGCCAAGAUUUCAAGAAAUUUAAGAUGACUGUUCUCUCCAGGCUGGCCAACGCACUGAGUGAGGACACUGUUCACUCAACGCUCCCCCGGCGGAGUUUCACAAAACCCUGGUCGAUGACUGAAAAAGAAACAAUUUUAUCCUGAGCUCCAGACCACACUGACAGAUCAUGAGUGACUGGUUUGUCCACAGAGACAGAUAAGGGGCAGAGUGAUGUGGAGGGAUGUCCAACUGGGAUCCAGUGCUCCCAGCAAGAGCCUUCUUGUCUUCUUCUCAAUGGUUUCAAAAUGAGUAUGAAUUUGUCUCAAUGAAUUUGUUUACUUGUGAUCAGGAGAUUUGCUGCGAUUCCUGUUGUUAUGCAUCAUAUCUGUAAAUACCCACAAAAUAGCUUUACAAAUUCUGUGCCAUAAGCUCUGGUCCUUUAUCUAGAUAAGCAAGUUUUGGGGCUGAUUUGGGUCUGAGUCUUGUAGCCUCUGUACUGCCUCUUCCCAGUUCUCAACAGGGCUGUGGAGUUGGUAGCUUUGACUCCGACUCUUCUGUUUUGCAACUGUGCAGCUCUGACUUUGACUCUGACUCCUUCAUGAAUGGCAAAUGUUUAUUAAUUGGCAACACCAAAUGUACUGCAAUAAAAUGGGAGCACAAGGCAUUUCUUCACCACUGCAGGAAUCAUCAGCCCUGUUUCUUGGCCAUUAUGCACCAUGAGAAGUUAUGAUGGAGGAAAGAAGCAAGCAUCUAUGCAGGCCAUGUCUGCUGGUUCCAAAAUUAGAUCAGUGGCUUUGCCAGUUUGUUAUCAGCAGACAAACCCUUUAGCAGUUCCACUGAACCACAUGCAAAUGGUGUCAGGUGUAGGAAACAAAAAAACAACCCUUUAUGCUAAAACAACAACAACACGCCCCUCAACUGUAUUUUUAGACUUAAAAUCUGUGCACAAUGUAGGGUGCAGUUGGACUUUUUUCUUUGGUGCGGGAUUUGCAUCCCCACUUUGAGGCUGCAGAAGUGGCGCGAUGCAUGUGUCGCAACUGGGCAUGGUUGCCCAUUGAUGUGCAGUGCAUAUUUGAUUGGGCAACAGCGCAAUUUUCUAACAAGGUGUUGUUGCACAACUGCCACUCCAGGAGUAUAAAGUUAUCCGGUCUCUCAUUGACGGAGGCUCUGGGCCAAUGGUGUAACCACCAGAUAGCCCACUGUGACUGGCCCCAGGGCAAGGACCAUAGGCACCAAGAGAGCGCCACUCUUCAGAACAAGUGUGACUUAUCUUACCAUGUUACCAUGUGGAGGGUUCCCCCACCCAGCCCAUUGACUAAACCCACUGACCUCCUUCAAACCUUCAGCCAGAAACUCAAACUGAACCUUUUGCUCAUACUCAGAAAAUUCUGGAAUGAUUCAUAUUUUUUUAAAGAGCUGUGAUUUUCGGGUUUCUAAGCCAGUUGUUAGAUUGUACCGCAUUCCCACAUGGGCAGACAGAUAGCAGACAACCAGCCCUUGGUCUUCUAACACAUAUUCCUAAGCAGCCAAUUUUUACUAAUGGUUGCUCUAGUGAAUCUACGAAAAGGUUGCAUCUGUCGCUAUGCAUGCAUAGACCUGUGCAUUUCCACACCAUAAAUCAUGCUCCAGGGAUUUGUUGUUUCCUAUAGCCUGUCAGGUAACUUUCUUGCUCUUCUUGUUGUCUUUUCUGGGAGAUUUCAUAG